AGUACGUCGCAUGUACUAGAAAGGAGAAGAGGCGAAUCAUACGGCGGUGAUUAUCGCAAAUUGGAAUGACAGUUCGCUGGUGUUGAAUAAACGCGCGCGCGCGCGCGCGUUUAUUUUACGCUCCCGUAUCUCGGGCCUGUCAUCAGUCUCGGUCCGAUACGAGAAGCGAUAGCUAGUUAACGCAGAUAGAUAGAUCAGUGUAAGUGUUUUCUUCCUUUUUUUUUCGCGACGAGAUAUCAUGAAUAACGAAGAGUUGAAGACGAUCGAGUUGCGCGAGCUGCAGCCGAUACUUAGCCGCACGUUCGGCGAUCAGCUGAUCGUGGUCCGUUAUACCACCAAGAACCUGUUGCAGCCAGGCGAGAAUUACGGGAGUACCAUAUUCGACGUUCACGCUGUCAUUAAGCGUAAUGACGAAGCGGAGGAGGAGGAUCUUUACUUGGUGGCGAAGAUGCCGCCGCCGACGCAAUUUCAACGAAAGAUCUUUGACAGUCCGUAUUCGUUCAGAAAGGAGAUCUUCAUGUACGAAGUCAUCCUGCCCCAUUACAAUAAGUUGGAGCGUGACUCCGGUUUGAAGGAGGACGAACUAUUCAACAUACUGCCUAAAUACUAUCAAUCCCGAUUGUCGCUGGAUCCGAACGUCGACUUCGACGAUAAUGCCGUUAUUCUAAUGGAGAAUUUGAAAAAACGCGGCUAUUACAUCUGCGAUAGAACUAAAGGAUGUGACUUCGAGCACGCGAGAAUCGCUAUACGGGCGAUGGCAAGAUUUCACGCUCUAGGAAUGGCCGUCAAGUACAAGCAACCGGAGUACUUUGAGGUGCUGAAGGAACAUAGCAAGUGCAUAAAAUUGGAAACCGAGGAUUUCGCACACAUGCAAAGUGACAUACUGAAGAGGAUAGCGGAGGAUCCGGAGAUAGCCGUUCACGUCGAUCGAUGCAACGCGGCGAUGACCAACUCGUUUAAAUACGGUUUGUGGGACGCCCUGCCCGACGAGCCCUGGUCCACCAUCAUCCACUCGGACUUCUGGGUGAACAACAUCAUGUUCCAUCGUGACGAGAACGGCCGAGUGGACAACGUCAAGUUCGUUGACUUUCAGAAUUAUUUGUUUUUCAAUCCGCUGCGCGAGAUGGUCUUCUACCUGUUCUCCAGCACGAAUGUGAGCGACGAUCGCAUCGAGCAGCUGAUGGAUCUCUAUCACGAGACAUUCGUGGCCGUCCUGACCCAAAUGGGUUGCGACACCGAGUCGUUCACGAGAGAGAAGUUUGACGCCAAGCUAGCGAGCGACGCCAAGUUCGAGUUUAUGCAUUUGAUCUUCAUGCUCAAGAUACUCACGUUGAAUGUGCAAGAGGAUGAGUUCAGCACAAAGGAUAUGAGGAAUUUUAUGAGGACCUAUCAAGGCAACGAAGCAUUCGUCCAACGGCAGCGCAAAAUUAUAUCGUAUUUUGUUCAGCGCGAUUGGAUUUAAUACAAUUGGCUCCCUAAAUGUUAAAUUAUAUACAUAUAUAUUAUUAUAUACACAUAAUUAUAUAUUAUAUACACAUAAUUAUUUAUCACGCACGGUAACGUAAUGCGAUUGAUUACGUUAUCAUACAUGUUCUUUGACUCUUUCUAUGUAUUAUGAUAGUGAUAAGGAGAUGACAUAAAUUUUACAGAGAAAUAGAGAUAUAUGAUGUAACAAGUUUGAGAUAUAUAAAAUAUAUUUUUAUAUAAAAACUC